AGGCUUGUUUCAGAGAUUUGAUGAAGAGCUUCACACUUUCCACACCGAGUAUGUAUUACAUACUAUUACAUUUUGGCAAUUUUUCUUAGGUGUUAAAAUGGCUUUUUCUGUUGUUGUUCUAAACAGCUACAGAGUGAAGCAUCUGUUAUUUAACUCAUAUCACUCGCCUAACUGAAAACACCGGGUACACGCCAUACAGCAAGGCAGAAUGCACCCCCACUAGCCAUCUAUUUGAGCUUUUAUCGGUAUUUUAAUCUUUCAUUUACAGUAACAGUGGUGUAGAAGAGACACAUAUAAGUCCAGUGUACCACACAAGGUUAAGUUUGAGAUAGAGUUGUUCUUCGGGGAAACUUAUCGCUCUUUGUGUACACCAGGCGAACCAAACUACAGCGACACCAUUGAGAACCAUUUUCUGUGAUUUUUACUCACACUUUUGACUUUUUUCACCGACAUGGCCAAUAAUCCACCAGGACAAGGUAUAUUACUGUCUUUGGAAACUUGUUGAGGGGGUCUGUGAUUUUAAUACUUGCUGCACAAAGGCUGAGCUAUGAGUAUAUGAGUAUACUAACUUCCUGGAGGAAAUCCGACGUAUUUAGAUCAUUAUUGAACAAAGAUAUAUAAUGGUCCGGUCAAACGACUGAUUUUAUUCUAAUAAAAUAGAACAACUACUUUUCUGAUAAUUGAAGCCUUCAAGAAUCAGUGGUUUCUGAAAAUGUGUGAAAUAUCGGUAGGUUAAAUUACAUGAUUAAAAUCUGAUUUUUAAGACUGUGAAUGACUGAUAUUACAUGUAAUUCCUCCUUGUAUUUAACUCAUUUAUUGGAACUUUUAUAUUUUAUAUUAUUAUUAUGUUUUCAAUUGCUAAAAAUAUAUCUAACAGAAGAUCAACUGGUUAUAUUUCAAGCAUAAUGCCCUGUGCCUUCUUCUUUUCCCUUGACUCUCUUUUCUCCUCCUUUUGCUUAAUUCAGUAUUUCCCAAUAAGGCACGGGUGGCGAUCCUUGCUGAGUUGGACAAGGAGAAGAAGCGGCUGAUGCAGACUCAGUCCAUGCACUCUAUUGGAGCCAGGUAGGGAUAGUGUACAUUCAAGGAUGGUAAGAGGGGAUUUCCCUGACUAAAAACCUUAGAGAAACCAUUUUUCAGAGGGAAAACAACUUUGAGUGUGGUAUUUUUUAUUCACAGGAGGAAUGGCUGUAUUUUUGCAUUAAAAACUGUAUUUUUUUUCUCUUGCUUUGCAGACCAAACCUAAAGGUGUUCAGGGACAACGCAGAACAGCAGCACAUCGCUGCCCAGCAGAAAGCUGCUCUGCAGGUGCGACAGAAACAAACUAUCCACAUAUAAUGAAGAACCAACAAAACCUUUUAGAUACAGUACCAUCGUAUUCAGUGCAAAAUCUAAAGUGUUCAUAAUUACAUAAGAGAGAUAAAGGUCACAUAAGUUCAACUAAAAAUACCUUUUGGUAUCACAGAACUCAAGUCAAACUUACUAAUAGAAAUUGUCAAUAAAAGAAAGGUAACACAAACCUUUUCCUUACUCUCUUUCAGCAUGCUCACACACACUCAUCAGGCUUCUUCAUCACUCAAGACUCCUCUUUUGGGAACCUCAUCCUCCCCGUCAUUCCUCGCCUUGAGCCUGAAAGUUAACCUGUUAAACUCUCUUUUGAACCCUAUGCCCAAUGUGAGUCGACAGCCUUGAACAACUGAUGUGCACAAUGGACUCUCAUUUUCCUCUUUAAAGCCUCUGAUGAAUGGAAAAUUGUUUGUCUUGUUGUUUACAAUCUCAGGUGAGUGUGAAUUCACUGCACACUCUGCAGACUGGCAUAAAGACAGAUGAAUGAAGCUCUCAGAGCUCUGUGUAGAUGAAGAUAGCUGCUGUGAAAACUCAGGAAGUCUUCUAGGUGUGAAAACAAACUGCAGUUUUACUGGAAACCCUGCGCUGUUGCUUAUCUCUGCACUCUUAACGUGACUUUUACAAGGUGCACAUUUUUGUCUUUUUUUUUUCACUUGCAAAGACUUUGUAAUGCUAUUUGAAUAGGCCUAAUAAAUUGUUACAUUAGAUGCUAUGUGUAAAGUGUA